ACAACGGAAAGCACAAAGCGACGGUCGUCAAAAUUCAGCAAAGCUCCGCGAAAAUUACAAAAAUCAAAUUAAAAAAAAAUUACAAAAAAAAGUGUGGAAAAUUUAACGCAAAUUUGUUCGUCAAACAAAAAUAUAUGCGAAUUUGUGUGUGAGUGUGAGUGAGUGCUAGAAAUUCCACAAGUUAAAGCAUACGAGGAGAACAAAACCGCGGGCUGUGCGGAAAAAAUCCGCCCUUAAAUUAAAAGAAGCUAAACCAACUCAAAGUUUGAAAACGGCUCGUUGGAAAGGAAAUCGUAGUCAGUUAACUCCCAGCGUUGAUGGCAGCCACAAAAAUUAUUGAUGCACCGCGAAACGGUCACGAGAUGGCGCCCCUGAACACGAGGGCCAGGGGUGAUGGCACUCAUGGGGUGACCAUUGUCCUGACGGCACCGCAACGCAACUCGGUGCAAUCGGUGGAUAUACCAGGGGAACCGGAUCGUGCCGCCUGGAGCGGCAAGAUGCAGUUCUUUCUCAGCAUUAUCGGCUAUUCGGUGGGCCUUGGCAACAUCUGGCGUUUUCCGUACCUGUGCCAACAGAACGGUGGCGGUGCAUUUCUGAUACCCUUCAUGAUAAUGCUGAUACUGGAGGGCAUACCGCUGUUUCUCAUUGAGCUGGGCAUGGGCCAGCGUAUGCGUCUGGGUGCUUUGGGUGUGUGGAACACCAUACAUCCCUGGCUGGGCGGCAUUGGCAUCUCCUCGUGCAUUGUCACCCUCUUUGUGGCUCUCUACUACAACGUGAUUAUCACGUGGGUCUUCUUCUAUCUAUUCAACAGUUUUCGGUAUCCGCUGCCCUGGUCCACCUGUCCGACCAAUGGUAGUGGCAUUAUUCUGGAGGAGUGCGCCAAGUCGUCGGAGACGACAUAUUUCUGGUAUCGCACCACUUUGGAUGCGGCACCCUCGAUGGAUGAGCCGGGUGGCUUUAAAUGGUGGAUUGUGCUGUGCCUGCUGCUCUCGUGGACCAUUGUCUUCUUCAUUGUGAUGAAGGGCAUCCAGAGUUCCGGCAAGGUGGUCUACUUCACCUCACUCUUCCCCUACAUCGUGCUGACCAUCUUCUUCAUACGGGGCAUAACACUGCGAGGCGCCGGCGCCGGACUGAUGCACAUGUAUACGCCGAAGGUGGAGAAGUUGCUGGAGCCGACGGUCUGGCUGGAUGCAGCCACUCAGGUCUUUUACUCCUUUGGUCUGGCCUUUGGCUCAUUGAUCGCCUUCGGCAGUUACAACACGCCAAAGAACAAUUGCGUCCGGGAUGUGCUUUUGGUGUCGGUGUGCAAUGCCGUCACAGCCAUCUAUGCCAGUGUCGUCAUCUUUGCCAUUCUCGGCUUCAAGGCCACCGUCAACGUGGAUCGCUGUGUUGCCGUCAAUACGGAUAUACUUGUGAAGAAUGCGAUUCUGCCCUCCAAGAAUGUCACCAGCGUUGAAUACGAUUCUGCCAUGCAUAGCAUCAAUGGAAGUGAAUUUACUGCACUGCAGCUCAGUGAAUGCAGUCUGUCCAAGGAGCUCGACAAUGCCGCUGAGGGCACUGGCCUGGCAUUCAUCGUGUUCACGCAGGCCAUCGUUGAGCUGCCCGGCGCCCCUUUUUGGGCGGUGCUAUUCUUUACCAUGUUAUUGUCGCUGGGCUUGGGCUCACAGAUUGGCAUUCUUGAGGGGAUGCUGUGCACAUUGUUCGAUAUAGACAUCAUCAAGCGGGUUAAGAAACAACAUGUCACUGGUGUGGUGUGUCUAUUCUGCUUCAUUGUCGGUUUCAUCUUCUGCACAGGUGCCGGCGAAUAUUGGCUCAAGAUGUUUGAUUCAUUUGCCGGUACAAUUGGUUUGGUUGUUGUUGCACUAAUGGAAAUGAUUGCAGUUAUCUUUAUCUAUGGACACGAGCGCUUUACUGAGGAUAUCUAUCAGAUGACGGGCUAUAGACCUGGCCUUUACUGGCAGUGGACUUGGCGCUAUAUUGGCCCAGUUAUUAUGGUCUGCAUAUUGGUCUCUUCUGUCGUCUUUAUGGUUAUACGUAAUCCCACAUAUGGCGCCUGGAAUGCCGACUUGGGAGUGGUGGAGCAAAAGUCGUAUCCGAAUUGGGUUAUGGGCAUUGCCUUGGCCAUGAUCAUGGCUGGUGUGCUACCCAUGCCCAUUGUGUUCCUCAUGCGCAGCUUCCAGUGCCUCAAGGUGGAUCUGGACAUACACCAGGGCUCCAUUAGACGCAAUGAGACGACCGCCUCCACCAAGGAAAUGAUUGACAAUGAUGAUGAUAAUUUGAGUCCGGAUAUGCCACCGCAAGAUUCAUUGGCGACACGCUUCACAAUUGGAGACUUUGAAGACGACGAUGAGAAUGAUGAGAAUGAUUUCAGUGGACCUGCGUUGGGUGGUCAUGUGAAGACCCAGAGCGAUUUCUCCGAAGAUGAUGAGGAGGACAAGCCCAUGACUAUGCGUAUGAUGAUGAUGCGACCAACAACAGCAAAAACAGCAAAGACAUCAGCAACAACGCCCCUCAAAAAUCAGGGCGGCAAUCAUCUAAAUGUGCCAACAAGCAGAAAGCAAAAUUACAACAAAAAGGAUGCCUACGAUGUGUAGGAGGGCUACAAUGCUAGAAUGGUAGAAGGGUAAGCAAAUCCUAAGGGAAGGAAAGAACUAAUUAUAUAUAGAACAACAUGCUAUAUAUAAAGAAAUCGGAUGCUGCGAACGAAGAAGCGCAAAAUCAUUUAUAUAUUUACAAUAAGUAUUUUAACAUAAUUAUACUUUAAACUUAAACUUAAGGUAAGGAAAAAGUUUGCAAAAAUAAUAACAGGAAAUUUUCAGAAAAUUAUAAAUAUGUAAAUCGAAAAAUUGUUAAAAAAGAAAACAUUUAAAAAUAUACGCAUACACUCACAUACUCAAAAACACUCACACACAUACUAAACCAUGUACAAUGAGCUACAAUUGAACUAAAAAACGGGUUUUGAUGAUGAAAAGUUGAUGAAAAUUGUAAUUUCUGUUGCUGUAGAAUUUAGUUGAAAAUUGUUUUUAGGCUUUAACUGUUGAGCACAAUUCAAAUGUAUUUGUGUCUUUAAAAUCCAUAUAUAUAUACACAUACUAUACACAUAUAUACUACUAUAUAACCCAGUUUUAAACCCUGCCUAGCCAUGAGAACUUUGAUUGCAAAACGCUUUUUGUAGUUUAAGCCACUAAAAAAAAGGAACCUUUAACAUAACGCAUUUCCAAAGAGUUUAACUCAUUAUUUAAUUUACUUAGUAGCAUUCAGUUUUUCAAGUUGAACUUAUCACACCCAAUAUUUAUUCAGUUUAGCUCUAUAACAAAAUAAAUAAAUAAUAUAAUUAUGUUGUAAUGCAGAUUAUUGUAAUAAUAAUAUGAAUUAAUUCAAAAUGUAAUAUGAAUAAGAUGGAAAAAUUUUAAGAAAGUUGAAAUAUUAAAUAAAGAAAUUCUAGUUCAGUUGUUAACUGCAAAAAAUUUAAAGAAAAUUGAAAACGUUAAAAAUCUACAUUUUAAAAAACCAAAAAUAUUAAAAACACAUUGAUAAAAAAUAAUAUAAAAAGUUAAAAGAAGAAAAACAGUAUGACAAGUGUGAUAUUCUAAAUAAUAUCCUCGUAUUGUAGUCUUAAGCAAAAAUCAUCAAAAAUGUAAACCAACUGAUUUUCUUUACGUUUUUCAACACUGUUAUUUUGUUUACAUACAGCCACUUCUAUAUAACCCCAUAUUAUUAUAAUUUGAGUACUUUCUGCACAUACAUAAAGUGCAGUUUCUCAAACCAUUUUUUUUAACACUCACCAAAAAAAAAACACACUGAAACUAUUUUCUUAUAUUCAAAAUGAAAACAAAAAACCAAAAUAAUAAAAAAAACUGCUGUGAAUAGUUUUAGUGGUUGUAAAAUUCUAUUACAAACAAGAAGAUGAAGAAUUACAUCAAAUGCAAAAAAUUUAUGAAUAAUUAUAAAUAAAUAUAGUUUCUAAGAAGGCAGUAAACUCAGAUCAAACCAAAAAAAAAACAUUAUCUAAGUUCACUUUGAGCAGGUUCUUAAACAUAAUCCUAAACCUAUUUCCAAAUUCGGUUUCCGCAAAGCACUGCAACAGGUUUUUUUUUGAUAAACAAUCCACAGACACAAAAACACACUCAUACUUAGAUAAACUCAAAUGGAAUUCGGAAUUUCGGAUAACUGUAAUCAAAAGAACAUGGAACAUUUCGAAGUACUCGUAAACGGCAAACGUUAAAGACAAUAAGACAUAAAAAUAGUAAACCAAAUAAAUAAAGAACUACUUAUGAUAUGAGCCUCGUCGAGAUGUGGAAACGUAGGCCGCCGACUUGACAAAUUCGAUGAAGGCGCAGAAAACUUUUUACUGAGAUUUUUAUUUAUAAUUUUUCGACAAAAAUAACAAUUAAAAAAAUUAAAACUUUUCCUUUUCUAUAAAUAGUAUCUGGGUGGGUUAAAAAUGAAAUUGCCCACCCCAAAGUUCGAUGAAAGUACCUUGCGAAUACACAGGUCGUUGGUUAGUUGGGUUAGUUGAUAAGCUUUUAGACGGAGAGCUAGAGCAAAGAAGCGAACGUAAUCGAAAGGGGUUAGAGAGGGAGAUGGAAAGCCAAACAGUUGUUUUGUAUAUGAUAAGUAUAGCCAAGCAUAUAUAUAUAUAUAUAUCUAUAUAUAUAUCUAUAUAUAUAUCUGAAAUCUGUUGAACGCAGCAAAUCGUACUCAAAGAUUUAAAUAUAAAUGAAAGUACUCAUAAGUGUUAUCCAAACAUAACGCUCCAUAGAAGAAGUCCACAGUUUAAAAAAAAACCCCAUCACAUCAUAUCCUCGCAAUUGAAAGAAGUGAACACCGUUAACGAAACCAAAUAGUUACCAAAAAAAAAUCAAUUUUAAGUGUAUAGUUUAUUCACACCUACUCCCUUAAAUUCGAAACAUGCGAAACUAUAAAUAUAUUGUAUAUCAAUUAUUAUUGUCGUAGUGCUUAAGAGAACUAAACGAUAUAUACAUACAUAUAUAUAUAUACAUAUAUAAUGAUAUGCGAAAAAUGGACUCGUGUAAAUUGAUUGAUUGUAUUUAAAACUUAUGUGAAACAUUAUUAUGAUAUACGCAGGUAAAUUAUUAUUAAAAUACAACAAAUAUAAUGAAAUAGUGCGUUAAGUUCAAAGACGAAGAGCAAAACCGAAA